AUGGAGAACAUGUCUUAUCCUGUGAUACUGACCCUUAUGGUGCCAAAAGAAACUAAAUCAUAUAGGCAUGUAUAUUUUAUUUGUUUUCUUGCCUUAUAUCUCUUUAUAUUGUCUAUAAAUAUUCUUCUUGUUGGGGUCAUUUUCAUGGAGAAAGCACUUCAUGAACCGAUGUACAUAUUCUUGAGUCAUUUGUGUAUAAAUGGGGUUUAUGGAGCCACAGGAUUCUACCCUAAAAUGCUGUCUGAUUUAAUACUGGAUUCAUAUGUGAUCUCCUUUCAUAUGUGUGCUCUGCAAACCUAUGUUAUCUACAGCUCUUUACUUUCUGAGAUCACAAUAUUAACAGUGAUGUCUUAUGAUAGAUAUGUAGCCAUAUGCAAACCUUUAGACUAUCAUUCCAAAUUAACUAAAAACACGUGUGUGAAAUUAAUUCUGUUUUCAUGGAUUGUUCCCAACUUCUUUGCUGUUAUAGCCGUCCUGUUUGCAAACUUGAGGUCUUUCUGUAGAUAUCACAUUGACAAAUUAUAUUGUGACAACUGGUCAGUUGUAAAACUGUCUUGUGCAUCAUCUUUUGUAAAUAAUAUCAUUGGAUAUGCCAUUGCAGUCACAUUUGUUAGCUUUAUAGUUUUCAUCAUAGUGUCCUACGUAAAACUGAUCUCUGCAUGUAAAGCAUCUUUAGAAAACAGAAGGAAAUUCUGGCAAACAUGUCUGCCACACUUAUUUACACUGAUCAAUUUCACUUUUGCUUUCCUUUUUGAUUUCAUGUAUAACCGAUAUGGUGCAAAUGAUAUUCCAGAGAGUCUGCGUAAUUUUUUGGCCUUAGAACUGGUUGUAGUCCCACCUGUUUUUAGUCCUCUAAUCUAUGGAUUAAAUAUUAGGGCAGUGCGGAAAAGAGUUUUUAUUUCAUGUGUUGCAGCAAGAGUUAAUUCUUCACAAAAGGUCCACAACUUAAUUAUGUACAAAAACUGAUAAAUGCAAAAAAAAUAAAAAAUAAAUAAAUAAUAAUAAUAAUAAAGUUGGGCUUUAUAAAUGAAUAGUGUCAAACUUUAAGAGUAUGUUUUUAACAAGCAUAUUUCUGGUUUUAUGUAUGUACAAUCUGUAAAAAAUAAAAU